UUUCAAAACAAAAAUGGCGACGGAGAAAGUCGUUGCGUUACUGGAACGAAGUGAUCCUUCUCAUUUGAAGCCAUGCGAUUCUACGGAGAUCCAGGAGACUGGGGAGGGAAAGGUUAUGACAUCCUAUUUGAUGGACUGCCGACGGAAACAGAAGCUAAUGUGCCAGCAGCUUUGUGUGUUGGAUGAGAUGUUGAAGCUGCUUGCAGGUAUAGAGUCAGCUGAGCAGUUUCUCAAUGAGCCAUGUCCUCCUAAACCAGGCAGUGAGGCUCGUGCUGCCUGGAAGGCUUUGAAAGCAGAAUAUCAUCAGCAAGUUCAGGAAGUGGAAGGCCUAAUAGUCACACUGGAGGACAAUAUGACUGAGCUGCACAAUAAACGGCAAAGACUGGAGGCUCUGCUCGUAGCUCUGGAGACCAAAAAAGCAGAGUGCAAGGAAAAGGAGAGCGCUGCAGCAAAACGGAAGCAGAAAGCUGAAAACCAGCUCAGUUUGCAGUUGGAAGAUUCCCUGCAGACUGCCCAGAAUGCCUUGCGGGUUUGUGACAAACGGCUUACUGAGCUCAAAGGUGAGGUAGAGGAGCAGCUGGCACGUGUGGCUGAUUGGACAUUGUAUAGAGACAGGUUGCAUGACAUGCUGGAGGUCACUCAAAAAAAUAUGCAGUACAGGCUGCUGUCAGUCAGCCCCUCUGAGCUGUGUCUAGAACUUCUGCCCUGCUCUACAAAGCAGUCGUUGCAGCCUCUGCGUCUCUCAGUCACUAUGACAACAGAUGAUCUAUUCCACCUUCAGGUAUUUCAGGGCACUGCAGGUCUAUUAGAGGAGUCAGUAGAAGGCCCUGUAAGACAGCUGAGUGCUGCCCUGCUGGAGGUAAUGCAGCACUACAUCAGUCAAGGAGAGAUGCUUGCUGAAAUCCAAGCUCUUCACUCUAGAUUUGCAAUUGACUGGUGUCCAGCUAAGCGGUUGCUGAUCUUCCUGAAGUCUGCCACAACAGUGUGCCAUCUGGAGCUGGACGAGGGAUACCCCUCAGCAGGGAAAGCCAGACUGGUUUGUGUGCGUAAGGACGGCAACCUGUUGGAUCUUGCCACCCUACAGCCUCCUGUGGUGAAUCCUGUUCUAACAGACUGGCUUGAAUUCCUCUCCUCCAAUCCGGACCUCUGAGCACAGACUGCAGUACUAGUCAGGUAGAGGAGGGUCGUGAACACUGAUCGUAGUCAGUUCUUACAAUAUUUUAUUUGGAUGACAUCCUGGUUUUUUGUGUGUGUGUGUGUGUGUGUGUGUGUGUGUGUGUGCGUGUGUGCUGAAAUAGCCUUACUGCUGUUUUGGCAAUACAUGUAAUGUCAUCAUUCCUUGCUUCUGAAGCUCAGUCUGAGUUCAAAGUCUGAGCAGGUUGUGGUCUUUUUCUGUAAAAAAUAAUUAGUCACUUCAGCCAAAAAAUAUAUACUUGAUGUUAUAACAAGCAAUUUAAGUAUUUGUAUUCAACUAAAAAUACUUUGAAGAAAUUGUUAAUUCAGAGAACUUACUUGGGUUGAGUAAAACUAGUUAAUUGUUACCACAUUAAUUAAUUUUUUAGGACUGACAAAACAUUUGUUAUUGUCUUGUUUGUACUUUGUGUUCUGCAUUUGUGUGUGUUUUGUUACUGUGUUUAAGUCUGCAUUUUACUGUUUGACUGUGUAUGCAUAGGAAAUUAUGUAGCUCUGUUUGUUGUCCUAAAUAUCCAGUAGAUUACGUCCAAUAUUAUCUCACAAUCAGUUUUCUGCUUCAGUGAUGUACCACAGUAAAUUACUGGCAUUUUUUUCUCAUUAAAAUGGUUUUGAAAUGUUGAAACUAAAA